AUGUUGCCACCGUACGUUUUUGUCGCUCGUUUCUACGCUUCAUGGCAAACAAGAUCGAAGCUGUAUACUAUUUUCCAGUAUCCAGUUGGCGGAAUAGGCGACAUGUUCAGUUUGUGGCAAGAACUCGGCGUCUUUUCCGAGCAAACAGUCCAGAUAUAUGGAGCAGAGCUUGCCUGUGCAUUAGACUUUCUUCAUAGUCACGAUGUCAUCUAUCGGGAUUUGAAACUCGAAAAUGUCACAUUGGAUUCAAUAGGGCACGUAAAACUAGUUGACUUUGGUUUGGCAAAAGAGCUGAAAAAUGGUGAACGGACAAAUACUAUUUGUGGGACACUACAGUACAUGUCACCUGAUAUCGCUUCUGAGAAACCGUACUCACACUACGUCGAUUGGUGGUCGCUGGCGGUGCUUCUGCAUAUUGUCGUCACCGGAAAAUAUCCGUAUCCAAACGCUAAUGCGACUCAUCAUCGUCAUUUGAGAUUCGUGGAUUACAGCACUCCUGUGGAAUGCAGUCCGGAGUUAGGAGAUUUGUUUGACAAGGUUGCGAUCAGAAAUUACAACUUUCUUUCUCAAUAA